CGCCAUCCCCACACACUCCCCCUCACUGUCCCAACCCGCGCGUGCGCCCGACUCACCUGCCUCGGGGCUCGCGAGGCGGGCGGGGCACCAGCUGCCCCAGACGCCGCGGUGGCUGCCGGGAUGCGCCACACUGAAUGACCUUUCACCUGCGCCCAGCAGCCUCGGGCUGCACAAGGCGGAAGCCAUGGCGGAGGCAGCGGUAUCCCCGGCGGCUGGCGGGACGGGCUCCAGCUCUGGCUCGGUCUCGGAGCGGGAGCGAGACUGCGCCGGGCGGAGGCUGCGGGUCCUAUCGGGCCAUCUGCGGGGCCGGGCCCCGGCGGCGCUGGUUCUUAGCGAGUGCAGAGGCCGGGCCCCGGCGGCGGCGGCGGCAGCAGUAGCAGCAGCAGCACCACCACCACCACCGGCAGCGCCUCCGCCCGCGGCGCCGGAGUCCAGCUUUAUCCCCAAAAAACGGCAAGAACUUAUGAAAUGGAACGGAUGGGGAUAUAAUGAUUCCAAGUUCAUCUUUAAUAAGAAGGGCCAAAUUGAAUUGACUGGGAAAAGGUACCCUCUUAGUGGCAUGCCUUUGCCAACUUUUAAGGAAUGGUUACAGAAUGUCCUUGGAAUAAGUUUGGAGCACAGAACUACCUCUAAAGCAUCUUUAAAUGCUAGUGAUGUACCUCCUUCUGUUGUAAACGAAGAUUUUCUUGAUGACCUUAAAGAAACUAGCAUUUCAUAUUCACAAGAAGCAGAUGAUAGGGUAUUCAGAGCUCAUGGUCAUUGUCUACAUGAGAUAUUUUUGCUCAGGGAAGGAAUGUUUCAACGAAUUCCUGAUAUAGUAUUAUGGCCAAAGUGUCACGAAGAUGUAGUUAAGAUUGUGAAUUUGGCCUGCAAAUAUAAUCUUUGUAUCAUCCCAAUCGGUGGAGGAACAAGUGUUUCAUCUGGACUGGCGUGUCCUGUAGAUGAGAAAAGAACAAUUGUUUCAUUGGACACUUCACAAAUGAAUCGAAUCCUCUGGGUUGAUGAAAACAAUCUGACUGCUCAUGUAGAAGCUGGUAUAACAGGUCAAGAGCUGGAAAGACAGCUUAAAGAAAGUGGUUAUUGUACGGGUCAUGAACCAGAUUCCCUGGAAUUCAGCACCGUGGGAGGAUGGGUAUCAACUCGAGCAUCAGGCAUGAAAAAAAACAUCUAUGGCAAUAUUGAAGACUUGGUGGUUCAUAUAAAAAUGGUAACACCAAGAGGCAUAAUAGAAAAAAGCUGUCAAGUACCUCGCAUGUCAACGGGCCCUGAUAUCCAUCACUUCAUUCUGGGAUCUGAAGGAACUCUUGGUGUGGUUACAGAAGCUACAAUAAAAAUCAGACCAGUCCCUGAAUACCAAAAGUAUGGCUCAGUAGCCUUCCCUAAUUUUGAACAAGGAGUAGCCUGCUUAAGAGAAAUUGCAAAACAGAGAUGUGCUCCUGCCUCCAUUCGCCUCAUGGACAAUAUGCAGUUUCAGUUUGGACUUGCUCUUAAACCUCAGGUUUCCUCUAUUUUUACAUCAUUUUUGGAUGGAUUGAAAAAAUUUUACAUCACAAAGUUUAAAGGAUUUGAUCCCAACCAGUUAAGUGUAGCUACAUUACUCUUUGAGGGGGAUCGAGAGAAGGUUCUUCAACAUGAAAAGCAAGUGUAUGAUAUAGCUGCCAAAUUUGGUGGCUUGGCAGCUGGAGAAGACAAUGGACAGAGAGGUUAUUUGCUGACUUAUGUCAUUGCAUAUCUUCGGGACCUGGGCUUGGAAUUCUAUGUAUUAGGAGAAUCCUUUGAGACUUCUGCUCCUUGGGAUAGGGUUUUAGAUCUGUGUAGAAAUGUAAAGGAAAGAAUAGCAAGAGAAUGCAAAGAGAAAGGUGUCCAGUUUGCGCCUCUUUCUACAUGCAGGGUGACACAGACAUAUGAUGCAGGUGCAUGUAUCUACUUCUAUUUUGCCUUUAACUACAGAGGAAUUAGUGACCCUCUGACUGUCUUUGAACAAACUGAGGCAGCUGCUAGAGAAGAAAUCCUUGCCAAUGGAGGAAGCCUGUCACAUCAUCAUGGAGUGGGCAAGUUGCGGAAGCAGUGGCUGAAGGAAACUAUCUCCGAUGUCGGCUUUGGGAUCCUGAAGUGUGUCAAGGAAUAUGUGGACCCUAAUAACAUCUUUGGAAACAAGAACCUUUUAUAAGUUCAUUAUUCUCUGAUAUACUUAAAAAAAAUUACACACAAAUGCUUUUUUAGUCUACAACUAUAUGGUUAUCCCAGUAAUCAAAUAUAUCAUGGACUAUAUUUUGGGUAUAAUUUGUUUGUUGGUUUAAAAAAAUCUUUUAUUCUUGAGUUUUUCUCUGUUUAUACAUCUGUGGAUUGGCAGGUGAAAUUCCUAAAUCUCUAGCACUGUAUAGGGCAUCAGUUUACAACCAACUUGGAAGUGCAAGUCAUUCCAAGUUUUAGUUAGGCAGCAAAGAGCUUAUGGUUGUAAUUUCUGUGGAAGAUGCAGCCAGCUGUUUUGUGUUGAAGCUUUCCCUGCCUAGAGAACAAAGACUGGUAUUGGUUUCAUUUAGUGAAGCUGAUUAUUCAGCCUCCUUUUUGGAAGAAAGUUUCUGGGAGGCAGAUAACUAAACUAAAGAAAGAUUCCACUAAGGGAACAUUUCUGUGUGAAAGGUUUUUCUUCCUUUCUUUUUAUAUUUUCUUAAGGGAGUAGACCUGAAUGGAUGGGUCAGGGAGGAGUAAUUAUUCCUGAAAUAAAAUGAAUCAAUAAAGAUAGUCUAGCAUUUCAAAGAUGCACUGAAUUCUGUGAGGUUCUUGGCCCUGCGUUUCCCCUUAUUAUUUUAGAAAUCUAAAGCCUUGAAUGAGUAUACAAAUUAUAUUGUUACAAUACCUUUUUUUCCUUUGUAUAUUUCUGGUUUUACUGAUGUCUGAGUUGUAUUUGUAUCAUUGGGAUAAUCUAUUGUAAUACCCUGGUUCAUUCAUCAUAUGUUUUGUAUAGAAAAAGCUGACUUACCGCUCAUAUUGUAUGUGAAGAACAGGUUUACCAUAAAAUGAAUGCCUUCAUGCACCCUGUAGUCCUGAUGUAUCUGGUUUCACUUUGUUGUUGCUGAGAUGCAGAAGAAGGAAACAAAACAAAACAAAACCCUCUAUAUUUAAUGUCUUUGGCAGAAUGAGUGGUUUGGCUAUUUAAAUGAAUAUUGUCUUAAGAAGCAUUAUUCAGCACUCUAUUUGAAAGUCUCAACAGUUUCAGUGCUGAAGUCUUUUUAUUAAUCUAAACUGGAUGACAAAUUUUCAUCUAAAAGUGGAGUUUUCAAUUUAGUUUUUAAUAAUGGUUUAAUGUCUUUAUGAAUUACUGCUUUAAUUGAAACAGUAACCACAAUUGUAAUGUGUAAAAUCCGUAUACCAUAAUCAAAAGUUUGAAACUUCUUAUUUCUUAAAGUGUAGGUCAAACAUUAAUCACAUUUAGCAAACAUUUUUACAUUUAAACCUGGAUCUUAAAAACAAGUGAAUUGAAAACUUUGAAUCACUGUCUUGUCAAGGUUCAUGAUUCACAUUUUGAGAUGGAUUCUUUUCUUAAUGCAAUGCCUGACUUUUGAUAAUUUUUUUUUAAUUAGUACUUGAUCACAUAUAGCAACUCAAUGUGCAGACUAUCCUUUAAAAGGACAUACUGUCUGUCUAUGUAGCAGUGGCUCCAAAGUGUUUUUGGGCAGUUUGAUACCUUUUAUAUCCUAAGUAGCCUUAACCAGAAAAAGUGAAAAUUUACAAUUUGAGAAUAUGCUAUUUUUACAAUUUCAAAGUGAUUAAUAAUUUUUAACUGUUAAAAUUGGCCUAAGAUAAAUUAAUAUAAAUCUCUAAGCAAACCAAAAUCAAAUAUUUGUGUUAUAGCAACAAAGAUAAUAAUUGCUUUAUAAAAAACUGCCUGUCUUCAUCAGCAAUUUCUUUUUAAAAGAUGGUAAACUUUCCAUCAGAACUCUGCUCAAAACUCUUGGUUUUCAAACCGAUUGGAUACUUGAUGAAGAAAAUCACUCUAAAAACCCCUACAGAAGUUUAUUAAAUGCAUUUAUUCAUGAAGAUGAGUUAACAGCAUUCUCUAAUGUGGGAAUCAAACCAUGAAAUUAAUAUGGUAUUAAUAUCCUAUAGGAAAUGUAUGUAUGAUUGUGUUUCCCAGUAUAUUUUGUUUUUAUAAAACCUCAAAAUUCACAAGCAAAUCUAGUCUCUUGCAUUUGAUUGGUAUAACAUUCUUUCCCAGGGGGUUUAUAUUUCAACAACCUCAGAAAUCUGCACUUGACAUUAUGGAACUCUAAUUUUUAACACCUUGAGGUUAAGUGCUCCUUAUUCUAUGUGAACCUUAUGGAACACAUGAUUUGUCUCCAUUGUUCCUUCUCAUUUGUAUAAGCAAGGCUUCCCCUAUGUUGCAUUCUUUGAUUCAGUGAUUUUCUUGUAGUUGGGAAGGAACCUGCCUGCAGGAUCAUCUGAAGUACACCAAUCUUCAUCAUUGCUGUUUCAAACAGACUUAAUCCAUAAGAAAGCCUUCCCCCUACACCUUUUGGUACGUGCCUCAAUAUAUAUAUAUACUUGGUGUACCUGUGGAGGACUGAAUUUACUAAUUAAUGCACAGAAAGCACUUAUACUUUAACUAUUAACCCUGAAAUAGCUGGAUGUGAUGGCAGCAUGAGAACUAAGACCAGAAAGAUGUAGUUUUGUGAGAUCAUUUAAUCCCAUUCUUUACUAGGUUUAUACAAAGUACCUAAAGCACUUUGCCUACAUGGUUUUCAGGGCUGUAAUGAUGCUGGCCUUUAUUUUCCUUUACUUUCUCAAUCUUUUCAAGAUGUUGACAUAUGUUUUACUAGAUCAUGUUAGAGUUAGGGUUUGCUGGGGGCAGGAAUAUAACUUGCUGCUAAUAUGAAAUAUUUGUAUCAAAUGCAAAGAGCUUGAUGUGAACAGGUUUAAUUGAUAAAGAAAUUAUUGCCUUAAUGCUUUUUUGUCAGAGUUGUAAAUACACUAAAAUUUCUACCUGCAAAAGGUUUGGGUGUAAUUUACAAUGUGUUCCUAAGUUGAAUCUUUGGUGACACAUGAGAGAAACUUUGGGUUAUAUUUGGUAAUCAGGACAUGGCAUCUGUUAUUGGAGAUUUAUUGUGCCUAGUGCUGUAUUUGACAAAGAGGAUAAAAGACUUGAACUAAUAUCUGAUUAAAUUCUUGAGAAUAAAAUUUCUUUUUUUAAAAUUCAAUAGAUCAUACUCCUCAGUAGAGUUCUAUUUGAAGCAAAUGUAACCUUCCAUUGAGUAAAUUGUAAUGAGCAGAAAAAAGUGUUUUGGCCAUGUCCUUAAGUGAAUGCCCUCCCAUCAAUUGCAAGUCUCUAUAGGGAGUGUCCUAUCAUAAUGUUGGUCAUUUCCUACUUUUUUCUCCACCUCUGUUUCUUGCCAAGUUUUUCUUUAUUUUGUUUGUUUGUAGUUAUCACUGCUUAACUGUUGCUUGAUUACAGAAGCUCUGUGGUUUCAAACUACAGUGUGUUGCUUGAGCUAUUCAAAUAGUGGGUCCUUUCAUGUCUCAAGCCACUGUCCUCUAUUAAAUUAGAACAGAAUGCUUGUUUUUUUACAAUGUCUUGGGCAACAGAAAUUAAGUGAUACAUAAAAAAUAUCUACAUUUUAAAAUACUGAUUUUUUUUUUCCUCCCAGUCAUUUUGGAAGUUUUUGAGAUGUGGUUUCAUUUAAGGAGAUUUCUCCACUUUUGCGUUUCCCUCUCAGUUUUCAGCAGCAUUCCUUUUAUUGGAGAUCUAGUUCUUGGGAAAAGCAGAGAGGAGGUAGCAAGUUCAGGGUUAGAAUUUGGGACUCCAAAGGGAUAUGUCAUCCUUGGCUUUAGAGAUACUUGGGUCUUGGCUUUGCUACAUAUACAGAUGUCUUUUGUUCUCCCACCAUUGCAAACAGAUGUCAAGUUAAUUGGUUUUUCCAUAUUGUGUUAAAUUAUGUCAUCCUAAAACAACUAUACAUAAUAUAUAUGUGCAUAUAUGUACAUAUAUAUAAAACCAGAAAAUAUAAAAGGUUCUCUCAAACUGUUGAAAUUUAGUGUUUGAUAUCAAGGAUGUAAGUUACAUACUAAACUUUCUGCUACCUAAGCCAAACACAGUGUUUGUCUUUAGUGCAAGAUUAACUGUAAAAGCAAUUGUAAUGUCAAAAGAUUAUAGAAACUUAUAUUAUUAAUAAAAAAGGACAUGGGCCUAAAAA